GAAGUGAUUGAGACACAGACAGAGGUUUAGUCUUGAUUUCUUCUUCUUUGUGUUGAUUCUUCUCCUCUUAAACAGACAGAGAAACUCCUGCUGAAGCGACUGAGCUCCACUAUUAUAAAGAUGGCCUUUAUUAAAGAGGAGAGUGAAGACCUGAAGAUUGAGGACACAUUCAGAGUCAAACAUGAAGAUCCUGAGCAGCUAACAGGACACCUAACAGGCCUAAAAGAAGAGUGUGAAGCGGUGACCAAAGCGCAAGAGAAAAAUCAAAACGACAAACAAAGCGAGAGUGGAGAACAAGUGGCCUACUGCCCGCAGCCUUACAAACGCAGAGGCCCGUACAAGCUGAAGCCGUACACCUUCAUCCGCUACAUCUGCCAACACUGCGGGAAAGAGUUCAGUCAGAACGGGAACCUCCGCGCGCACAUACGGAUCCACACCGGAGAGAAACCCUUCAGCUGUAAACUCUGCGGCAAGAGUUUCACGCAGAAGUCCCACCUCCAGAUCCACCUGCGCGCUCACGUGGACGGCAUGUCCUUCACCUGCCAGCACUGCGGGAAACACUUCACCCAUAAAAACGCCUACAUAGUCCACUUAAAAGUCCACACUGGGGACGGGUCUAAGACGUGCAAAACGUGUGGGAAAACCUUUAGCAAGUGCGCAAACCUGCUGGAGCACGUCCGAGUUCACACCGGAGAGCGGCCGUUCGGCUGCCAGCACUGUGGGAAGACAUUCGCCAAAAAAGCCACGCUUAAGAGUCACACCAAAAUCCACACCGGAGAGAAGCCCUACAGGUGCCCGUACUGCGGGAAAGGCUUCAUCCAGCACACCAACUAUAAAGUACACACUAAAACCCACACUGGAGAGAUGCGGUAUUGCUGUAAAGAGUGCGGGAAGGGCUUUGAGCAUCAGGUGAAGCUGCUAGUGCACAUGCGGAUCCACAGCGGGGACAAGCCGUACGUCUGCAAACAGUGCGGGAGCAGCUUCAGGCUGAAGGGGGCGCUGGCUGGACACAUGAACGUGCACACUAGAGAGAGCGCCAGUGUCUGCAAGCAGUGUGGACGCACAUUAAGCCGUAAAAGCAGCCUGACGGCGCACAUGCGGAUCCACGACGGGGAGAAACCGUACGCCUGCGCUCACUGCAAGAAGAGCUUCACCUCCAACAAAAAGCUCAGUUUACACAUGAGGACUCACUCAAGACUCACCAACUCAAAGUGAACUCACUGGAGAGUUAUGCUGUGUUCACACCACACACGCGCGAAUGAACUGCGCUAUUCUCACGUAAAGAGACGCAUAAACAUUUUGAGUUUACUUGCUUCAUUCGCACAUCAAAUUGACUUCACGAUAGACGCAGAUUCGCUUCUGUCUGCCCGGUGACUCUAGCUUCUAAAUGGCUAACAUGGAUUUUAUUAAGAUAGUAGCAUUGCUUUGUGCUUUAGGAAGGCUGAAAAACAGAGUAGAUUCAUUCGGCGCUGUGUUUGAGUGAACUAGAUCCUUUCAGAGGUGCAGAAGCUUCCUCUAGAAACUGUACCUGGAUGAUGGAGGCUUUCAGCGGUGCUUCCGACUGAGCCAAGCCCAAGUUGAUGAGCUAUAGUCAAGCGUCGGCAAGAGGAUUUCCCCUCAGGACACCAACAACAGGCACUACGUCAUAAUCACACUCCUGCAAGAGAAAGCUCCUGAUUGGUUAACGUGGCGCAAAAAACGCUCAACUCGCACCGCCUCAUUCCCUCGACUCGCACCGCAGGACGUCUAUUUGCAUCUUUGCAUUGAUUUAACAUGUAAAUCACUCACGCUUGGUGCUUCAUCCGCGUCUGGUGUGAACGCAGCAUUACGGCGCUUUGGGAAACCUGUUGUCGAGUCUGACCAAUAUAUUGGUAUUAUCGGCCGAUAUGAGCCUCUAGUCGAUGUAUUGAUAUCACAAGGGCGUCCUCUAUUUAUGUGUAUGUUUGAGGAAUAGGAACUCUAUUUUUUCAUACUUUUUUUGCAAUGUUUGUUUAGUAGACCUAAAAUCCUACAGUAGUGUGUGUAGAGUGAUUGUAUCUGGUUUGAGUUUAGCCUCUAAAAACAUGUUUACAGAUGGAUUGCUGUAGCAAAGUAAUGCAGUACAACCAUGAUGAGGAUCCUAAUUAAUGAAUAACUGUUGCUCAGUGAUAUAUCUAUCCAAUAUAAGUCUCAGAUAGAGACGCUUAAAAUAUGAAUCUAUCAAACGAUCUAUAGUCUGUGAUUGCUUUAUGUUUAGUCUACGAUAUUUAUGGGUUACGAAUGUAACUGUAAAUGCGUCCACAGUAAAUCUGUUACUCUUCCGGCUCAAGAAAUAAACUGUGGUAAAAUAUGUAUUCAGAAGACCUUUCCCAUGCUAUAGAGCAGGGGUCACCAAUCUCGGUCCUGGAGGGUCCUUAAGGCUUCAACUUGCCUGAAAACACCUAUGUGGAUGUUUCAAGUAUACCUUGUAAGACCUUGAUUAGCUUGUUCAGGUGUGUUUGAUUAGAGUUGGAGCUAAAAUCUGUAGGGCACCGGCCCUCCAGGAACAAGUUUGGUGACCCAUGCUAUAGAGUAUUGUCAUGAUUAGAUUACGAAUAGAAGAAGAGCUUCUGCUACAAGAAAGACACACGCCAGACUCGCGUCCUUUAGUCUAAGCUGAAGCCAGAACAGUUUAAACGUGUUUUCCAGACAUCUGACCAUGUAAUACUGUGUCUGAAAGCUGUAGCUUAAUGUUUAUUGAAGUCCACAGCAAAAAUAGGAAAAUGUAUAGUCAGUAAGACACGUUUUUGAUAUCUAUCAUAGGGCUGUAUGAUUAAUUGAAUCGAAUCGAACAACUGGGCUGAUGGCGUCUGCCGCUUCAGAAGCAUUAAUAGACAAAUAUCAAAGAAAAACAGUAACAAUAUUUUGGUUUCAAAAUACUUACGUUUUCUCGUAAGAUCAGGCUGGUGCUGCAUGUAAUUCAAUACAUUAUAAGAAGAUGGAGGUCAAUAAUGUUGUGCUGGAUGUGAGUGAUGAUGGUAUGAAGCAGCGAUGUCAACACUUGAAUUAAAAAUAAAACUAAAUUUUACUAGCAACAUUGUGUCAACGGUUGGUAUUUAAAAUAUCUACAUAUUUGUUUUAAUAUUUUAGAUAUUAUUCAUCAAAAAUCUCUGUUCACAUGGUCGACUCUUAAUCAGAGGAUUGUCUUAAUCAUAUUAAAAUCAGAUUAUUGAUGUCAAUGUUGUUGCUCUUUUCUGCACGUCGGGGCACUUGCUGUCUGUGGAAAUCUCUAAAAUGUCUUCAGUUUUACUCAGGAAAUGAACUCAGGUGUUGACACUGGUGUAAAGUGACAACUUACAAUUAAUCUCAAUAUCCAACAGUUCUUUAAUGAUUAAAAACAUGACAAGGCCUCCAGAUAGAAAUAAGAUGUAUGCAAAUCACAUCUUUAACAUAGAAGCUGAAGUUAUC